AUCCGUAAUAAUAUGUUUUAAGUAAUUCAUUCAAUUAAUUUCCAAUAACUAGCUACAUUCAUUGCCAUUCAAACUUCAAAAACACGCGUAAAAUCAUUCAAGACCGAAAUUCAGUUAAACACAUUAAUAAUCACUUUUAGUUAGAGCAUGGUCGAUACGGCCGGACCGCAUAACUAAAAUAACAAUUUGACGUCACGUGUGACGUAACAGUGACAUCAUGGUGGUAGACAUCUUUAACCGAUCAAUAAGUUUCUCUGGUAUUGUGUCCUAUCGCCAGAGACCUUUUACCUUUCUCUCUUUCAGUAAUAAUUAUUAUAAUAAGGACAGCAUCAGAGGUCAUAAUAAAAUGGCGCAACUUCCCGCUUAAAGUUUCCGUAAUCAGAAAUCACGUCGGAAAAAGUGUCUUUUAAGGAACAAACCCUUUUCCAAAAUGGUAUCACGUGAGAAUAGUGUGCAGGGCCCGGGGCUGCAGCCCCCCGGGUCCCAUACUGAUUUGGAAAUGCAAGAAGUAGCCAAAAAUAAUGGCGUCCACCACCACCACCGCCUCAAGGACCUGGACGACAUGUUCCCGUAUAUGGGCCACUUCGGCUGGUACCAACGGCUCCUCUUCCUCCUCAUGAUACCGUACGCGUUCUUCUUCGCGUUCGUCUACUUCGGUCAGAUAUUCAUGGCGAUAGUACCUUCGGAGCACUGGUGUCACGUUCCGGAACUGGCCAACCUUACUAUUGAGGAACGACGAAGCCUUUCCAUACCCUUGGCAGAUGAUGGAACAUUCGAGAGAUGCGUGGUAUAUGAUGUGGAUUGGAAAAAAAUAAUUCAAGAUGGCGUCCGAGUGCCGGACACAAAAUGGCCGACAAAAAAGUGUGUCGGCCAAUGGGAGUUCAAUUUCACCGAUGUGCCUUAUGAAACUAUUGCUACACAGCAAGGCUGGGUGUGCGACAGAGAUAACUAUCCAGCGACUGCGCAGUCUAUCUUCUUCUGCGGGGCAAUCGUUGGUGGUCUCAUCUUUGGCUGGGUAGCUGACAAAUACGGAAGAGUACCAGCUUUAGUUGGAACUAACCUAGCAGGGUUCGCUGGUGGCGUAGGCACGGUGUUCAGCAACUCGUUCUGGUCGUUCUGUCUGUGCCGGUUCGUCGUUGGUCUGGCGUAUGACAACUGCUUCCUCAUCAUGUAUAUUGUUGUGGUGGAGUACGUGGGUCUGAAAUGGCGCACGUUCGUGGCAAACAUGUCGAUCGCGGUGUAUUUCACGUUCGCGGCGUGCCUGCUGCCGUGGAUCGCGCUGGCCGUGGCCGAUUGGAAGGUCUACACCAUGAUCAUCAGCGCGCCGCUCAUCCUGGCCAUUUUCACCCCGUGUAUCGUGCCGGAGAGCGCUAGAUGGUUGAUUUCACAAGGCAGAACAGAGGAAGCUAUCAAAAUCAUGUUGAGAUGCGCUAAGGUUAACGGAAACAAGAUACCUGAAGAAAUAUUACAGGAGUUCCGGGAGACAGCAAUAGAAAUGGCGAAAGCAGAGCAAGAGAACAAAAACUAUAGCGUGUUAGAUCUGUUCAAAACCCCUCGUUUGCGGCGGCACAGCAUCCUCAUGGUGGUGAUCUGGAUGUCGAUCGCGAUGGUGUUCGACGGGCACGUCAGGAAUGUCGCCUCGCUGGGCCUGGACAUGUUCGUAACUUUCACAGUCGCGACGGCCACAGAGUUCCCUGCUGACUUGCUGCUUACCUUGACUUUGGAUAUCCUCGGCCGAAGAUGGUUGGCGUUUGGAUCAAUGGUCUUGAGUGGAUUAUUCAGUCUACUGGCCACCACUGUGGCGAUAGGAAUCCCAUCAGCCUCUCUAGCCAUCGUCGGCCGGUUCGCGGUGAACAUAUCGUUCAACAUCGGCAUGCAGUACGCGGCUGAGCUGUUCCCCACCGUGGUCAGGGCUCAGGGUCUGGCGCUGGUGCAUAUCAGCGGAUACGUGGCCACCAUCCUGGUACCCUAUAUAGUGUAUAUGGCUGUAAUAGCACGAGAAAUACCACUGCUGAUUCUGGGCGUGCUGGGCAUCUUCGGUGGGGUGUUGUGCCUGUUCCUACCAGAGUCCAUGGGGAAGGAGAUGCCGCAAACCAUCCAAGAUGGCGAGCAGUAUGGGAUAGAGCAGAAAUUCUGGGACUUUCCUUGCUGCAUGAAAAAGGAGUCACAGACAAAUAUAACUGAGAAAGUAGAACAACGUUUUUAAACGUAAAUAUGUGAUAAUCAUGAUUGUGACUUUUUCAUGAAUAAAACAUCGAAAAUGAU